AAUUAAAAAAAAUCUAUAUUAAUAGUUUAACAAAGUAAAAUAAUUAAGUAGAAUUACUGAAAGUUGUACUAAAUUUUUUAAAAAGUAAAAUGAUUGAAGACUAACCAACUUCCAUACAAUCAAUAGGCCAUAUAGCUGAUCUGCUAGAUGAAGAAAAUCUAGAGGAGGAAUAAAUUUAGUUUAAUGCUGAAGAUUAGGAAGACUAAAGGUAAUUCUAAAAGCUAAUUAAAACUGGAUAAUAAGUAAAUACAAGCAAAAAGUAGAAGAUUAAGCUGAUUAAAUAAAUAAAUAAUUAGUUGAUCGAUUAAGAUUUUUAAAAUACCAAAAAUUCAUAUUCUAUACACCAUUAUGAGCACCGACAAUAAUUAAAAUUAAUUGAGAUUUUGAGCAAAGAUCCAAGUUUUAGAAAGACAGAUGAAAUUGACUGGGUAAUUUCUUAAACAUAGGACAUAGAAUUCUUUAAGAAUAUAAACAAUUAAGCUAAAUCAGAUGUUCAUAGAAGAUGUUGUCAAAGAAUGAGAUAUGAAUUUCACUCUGCGAACGAUUUAAUUUUUAAGAUUGGUUCUUUAGGCAAUAAGUUUUACAUAAUUAUUGGUGGGAAAGCUGGAGUAUAUAUUAGAAAUAUAAUAGAUUAUUCAUCGAAAUAAAAAUCAUAAACAUCUAUAGAAGUAGGGGAUCCUAAAUAUGACCUUGUUGGAGGUCUAUUUUAUUUUAAAGAGUUAUCUGCUGGAAUGUCAUUUGGAGAGCUUGCUUUACUAGAAAAAAAACCAAGAGCAGCUUCAAUUUUAUGUCAUACUGACCUUCAUGUAGCAGUUUUAGUUAAAGAAGAUUUUGAUUAAAUACUUAAAAACUUUGAAGAGCAGAAAUUAACUCAAGCAGCUGAGUUUCUUGAUUAAGUUUAGCCAUUUUCAAAAUGGAAUUAGAGAAGAUAAAUAACAUUAUUCAUGAACAGCCACGCCGAGUUUUAUAAAAUAAAUUAAGUAAUUUACUAGGAAGGAUCUAAACCAGAUUCUUUUUACAUAAUUAAAUCAGGAACUUUUGCAGUUAUGAAAACAAAACAAAACAACCCUAAAAAAAUUAAAAAAGCUUAAGAAAAUCCUGAUUAUAUCAAAAAAUAAAUCUAAAAAGAGAAAAUUUUCGAAAAUGAUGAAACUAAUACAAAUUAAAUUGAUAUUAAAAACUAGCUCUAAUCUCAUAAACCAACAUAAAUUAAAAUAAAUAAACCAGGUACUUCUGAAAAUAGCAAAAAAGACACAAAAAAUCCUACUAAUUAAAAAGAAGAAUAAUUUUAAAAUCUGACUUAAAAAUAAUUACAAUAAUAUUUGGCAAUUAAAAGAAAAGAAUUAUUGCAGCCUGAGUCAAGCGAUGACGAGGAUGAAUAAGAUAUUUUAUUUAAAAGACAUGAACUCUUUGUUGUGAAAUAAAAAGAUGCUAAGUACUAAAAACCCAUUUCAGUAAAGAUUGCUGAACUUGGGUAGUAUGAAUAUUUUGGAGAAGAAGAAAUUACACUAAAAUGCAAAAAAAGAGUUUUUACUGUUGUUUGUACAAGUUCUCACGGCGAAUUAAUAAGAAUAACCAAGAGAGAUUUCGAGUUAAGAGUACUGUCUGAUUUAAUUUCUAAAAAUUUUAUUAAGGAUAAAAUAUAAAACAAAGAAUAGUUUUAUAAAUCUCAACUUGAAAAGAUAGGAAUGUAAAUUCAUAACUUUAAUAACUUCUUCUUUGAUUCAAAAUUAGAAUUAAAUAGGGAUAAGUUGUCGAAAAUAUAAGUUGAUAAAACUUAAUCUAAUAGGAAUUUCAAUGAAGUUAAAGAUUUCAUAAUUGGCAUAGACUUUGUUCAGGAGAUAUCAGAAAAUUAAGUGAAAAAAAACCACUUUCAUAAGAGAUUAGCAAAAAAAGAGAUUGAUGUCGAAGACUUAAUGAAUGGAACAUAUAUCCAAUAAAAUAGUUCAAAUUCAAGCUCUUCAAAUAUCAAUAAAUUAUUUCUAAAAGAUUCAAUAAAUGAGAGCAAAAACUACUAAUCAAAUUUAGAUGGGAGUAGAUUUAAUACUUCUCAAAAAUCUUAGAACUAAAGUUAUAAUAGCCUUAAUUUAAAUAACUUAUUCCCUCCAAGUCCAUAAAAUAAGGGUGACUUUACACCAAAAACUGAAAACGGAGAAUAAAUGUAUCAGUCCAAAAGAAUUUAUACUCCAGAGAGAAUAAGUGUAAGUGUUUAACAUGAAUUCUAAAUCACAUCAGAUCUUAUGAACCAAGAUAUAAAAGAAUUGGUGAAUGAAAGAAUUAACAAGAUCAAAGAAGAAGAAUCUGUUAAUCAUAAAUCAUCUGCUUUCAGAAAAAGCUUAUUUAUUGAAAGCUAGCUUAAAAAGUAUGUAUCCUAAACAAAAUCUUAACCAGCUAGCCCAAGUUUAUCAUCUCCUAGAAAAAUAAGUAUUUUAGAUAAUGAUAGCAAUUAAAGUCCAGCUAAUAAAGUUGAAAAUAGUUAACAACAUGACACUCCACUUAAUAAAAACGAAAAAACAAAAAGUAGCAGCAUUUGGAAUGCGCUUAAAAAAUUAAAAGAGCAGGAUAGUUUAUUCAAUUAACAAAAUAAUCAGGAUAAAUCAUUAGAAAAUUAGAUGAUGAAAAAAAUGUCUUCAACUAAUCAAGAUUUUAGGAGAGAUAUCUAAAAUAAUACAGAUAUGUAAGAAAAAUAAUAACCUAAGAAAGAUUGGGUAGAUUCAUACACUCAAAGCUUUUAAGAAAAUUUGAUGAGAAAUUUGUAAGAGAAAUUCAAAGGAUCUAAGCUAAAUGUGAUGAAAAUAAAAAAACAUCUCAAGUAAAAAGUAAUAAACAUCAUACCAGACGAAGAGUUUAGAAAUGUGCCAGAAUCAAUAAUAUAGAAACCAUAAAUUAUUGUACCUGAAAUGAAUGAUAAAGUUAAGCUUUUUAAAAGAAUUGUGAUGAAAUCCAUCAGCAUUUAAAAUUAGAAAGACCCAAACUCUUUCAUAAAUAAAUUAAAAAAUAAAAUAAAAUAAGAAAAGGUGCAAAAAAUUAAGGAUGGGUUUGUCUCUCAUCUGCUUUCAAGUAUUAAUAAUAAAAAAACCUCUAAUGAGCCAUAAAAUGACGAAAAAUCUCUAGACACAAUACAAUUUUCUACAAUAUAAACUUAGGAAAAAUCCCCUUUGAUGACUCCUUUUUCAAGAAAAUCUUCUAUUAGAGGCCACUCUUUACAGCAAUCAAAUUUAAAUUUUUUUUCUGAAGUUAGUUCUCCACUUAUUAUGAACAGAAUGCAAAGAGGGUAUUCUACUCUACAUACAGUAAGUAAUGGAUAAAAUUAAUUAAGUGAAAUGAAUCUAUUUUAGUAGGCUGCUGAAAAAUUUAGAAAUAGUAAAACGGCAGAUUAAAGCAGAAAACCUUCUUUAUCAAAAGCUGAAUCUCAACCUAAAAUAAAUCAAUUCAAUAUUUAAAAGUAAAAUUACAUGAACUAAGAGCUUGAGAAAAUAAACUUAAAAACACAUAAAAAAUCAAAAUCAGGAUUAGUAGGAAACUCAGUUAAAGGAUAUAAUUACUAUGAGCAUUAAUAAAAAAUAAUAUAUAAUUAAAGAAUGAAAUCGAUAAGUAGUAGCAAUAAGAAAGGAAUUUCAUAAAUAAAUGCUUUAUGAAAAUUAUGAAUUAAAC